AUGUCUACGCCUUCGCCCUCUGGGGCCCCCAAACCACCGUCGCCGGCUAUAAUACCGGUUACUCCUUUGCCGGGCAUCCUUUGCGUCCCGCCCCCGCCCCCCACGAUGGCGCAGUCGGCCAAGAGAGCCCGGACUGCGGACGAGGAAGUCCGUCACGCCCACACCACCACCACUGCCAACACCACUAGACACAUCUCGUCCUUCGCAAAGACGGUCAUCUCCGAUGCUCUCGCUAACGCUGAAGUAUCUCGUUCCAUCGCCACUGUCCUCGACUCUGAACUCGCCUGCAUCUCCGUCGUCUCUCCAGCCCACGCCCGCGAGGCCAACCACCUCGCACGGACCAUCACGGCCGCCCUAAGGAAAAAUUCUGCAUCCGCAUCAACUACCCUGGACACACCUUCGCCUACCCCGGAUUCCAACGUCCUAGCAGGCACGGGAAAAGAACCCGUCACAUUUGCAGAAAUAGCCGCCAAGGGCGUAAACUCCGCCUCGGCCUCCCGCUCCACUCCCUGCUCCAGCCCUAUCCGUAAGGCUGCCCCGCUUCCUACACCCCAAAGUGACGGCCGUGUCUUCCUACGACUAGAUAGGGACUCCCCCUUCGCUAUUCACAAAGAAGUGCAAACAUUCCUCCGCCUCGCCCCCACCGACAUCCCCGGAUGCCAUAAAGUUCCUACCGGAUUCGCCCUUGUGCCCAAGAACGACGCAGUCCGCCAGGCCCUCCUCGUCCGAAAGGAUGAGAUUGGAGCCCAUUUCGGCUGUGUCCAGGUUGAAGUGCCUAAGAAAUGG